AUGAGCAAACGCCAAAAUCCAGCCGAGUUUUUGAAACAAAUAAUAGGAAAGCCGGUUGUGGUGAAACUCAACUCUGGAGUUGAUUAUAGAGGAAUCUUAGCUUGCCUUGAUGGGUAAGUUAUUUUUAUCUCUCGGCUUUUGAUUGUUUUUUUCUCCAUUAGUUUAAUGAACCUUCUCCAUAGGCGAAUCGAGAAAGGGUAUCGCAAUAACCUUUGAGGUAUAUUGCAGGGUAUGAAGUCUAUCGAUGGUACCUCGAGUAUAUCUCUGAGAAUUUUGAGGGAAAUGAGAUAGACUUGAGACAUACUCUCAAGUACCUCCGAUAUGAAUAUCUAGGGAACUUUUUUCACUCCCCGGCUGAACUUUUGAUGAAACUUCGCUUAAGUUUACUUUAGGUAGAGACCGCAGAGCCACGCCCCUUUUUGCGAUGGUGAAAUGCACUGGUUUUUUAGAUUUCGUGUUUGAUGUUAUCGUAAAAGCACAAUACUGAACCAAACACAGAGAAAAUUGGGAGAAACAUAGAGAAAACCUUCCUCUUCAAUCUGAUCUAUUUUUCCCCCAAUGUUCGUAGCGUUUUAGCGGAGUGUCGUACAAAAAACCAAAACUACUUUUUUUCUUCGGGUUUUUAACCUAGUUCCAUGUCGUUGGCGCCUUUUUUUAUUUUCGAAUUCGAUUCUUAAGUGAAAAAAACAAAUCUUUUUAAGACAAAAAAAUUAAAAAUUUUUACGGUGCCUAAUCUUCGUGAGGCCGCGCAAAAUUGAAAAAUGUUGUACUCGGUUUCGAGAGCGUGUAAGUAGAAAAAUUUUUUUAUUUUAACUUGUGGAUUAAAUUGUAACUAAAAAUUUUAUUAAUAUAAAACUUAUUCCGAAAAACUUUGUUUUCUGAGAAAAAAAUAGACAGUGAAAAAUUUCGAAAUUCAUUUUUAACAUGGUCAGAUGUCGUUGGCGCCUUUUUUUAUUUCUUAAAUAUUAGCGUAUUUCAAUUUUCAAUCAAUUAAAAAAAUAAAAUAAAAAAAUUUUUAGCGGUGCCUAAAAAGUUUAAUUAUUGUUAACUUGAAGCCAACGUUUAAAAAUAACAAAAAAACACUGAAAAACGGAAGCAUUUUUGAACUGAAUCUCUAUGAAUAAAUUAUUUUUUUAGGUGGCCCGAACACACGUGACUAAUAAUUGUUCAACUAUCAUAACUUUUUUUUAAACAAGAUAGUCGGUAAAUGCUGUACUUUGAGGUGAAGUGCUGUAUAGCGCGAACGCCUCUUAUCUCCGAGAGAUGUGUGGAGCAGCGCAAGUGCGCUUGCAUACAGUUUUGAUAUCGCGAGUUCAAUCCUCGCAGCGGCCAUUUUUUUUAUUUUUCAAGAAAAAAAAGCUUUUCUUUUCAAACUUGUGGUUUUAUACUGUUUUAAUGACUUAUUACGACUUUGAAAACCGGAAUAAACUACUAAAAAAUUUAAAUCCCAUAUGAAAACACAAUGAACGACCAAAAGUGUAAAAUCUAAACUUUCAGUACUAAAUUUCGCGAUUUUUUUCACUGCUGUUUUGACCAUAACUUUUUUUUUCUCAACCUUUUUCGAAAAACUAAACUGUUUUGAAUAGUAAAUUAGAGCAGCUAUCCAACCAUAGUAAUAUUGAAGUUCGAAAAAAUUUUUGAAAUUUCGUCUGCGGUCCCUAACUUUAGGGCUUCCUGAUUGCAAGACAAAAAAAAACUUUUCUCGCAUUAGAUCCAGUUUUCGAGUUAAAACACUUCAAAAGCUUGAAAUAGCGCUUUUUUCGCCAUAAUUUAUGUAUUUUGCAAACUUUGAGGCUUCAUAACUCGCAAACGAAAUCUCGUGCGAGAAAUUUUUUUUUUCUUGUUCUGUAAUUAGGAGCUCUUGAAGUAAACUUCACCAAUUUUCAUCUAAAGUUCAAUCGGAGGGUAAGAAACAUUCUCUAGUCAUGUAUAGCAAAGUUCCGUAGUCAUAUAUCACAUCUUUUCAGCCCGUUCGGUUUCGCGCACUGUAUGUUUAAUUGUGCAUACACCAAUCGCGGCUUUUGGGCGAUAUCUUCGUUGAUAACGAGUUUUUUGUGGGAAAAAAGAAAAAAUUUGAAGAAAAACGAAAUUAGAACAUUUAAUCAUACAAAUUAAGUUCCAACGAUUAAGUUUUUGCAAACGCUAGCAAGCCUUAAAAAUGGCCUAAUUUAGGAAAUGCGUCUUUAGUAAGUAAAAAGCUUUUUUUCUGUAAUUUUUCAUCUAUUAAUGUCGGAAACUGCCUUGUUCUUUUUAUCAAACAGAAAAAAUGAUCGCAAAUGGUCUAGUAUGGCCAGCGGAGACGGAGCAGUGCAAAACCGGACCUCUAGGUCUGAACUGGUGUGAUAUAUAUCAUAUAUAGCAUAGAUUUUUUUAAAAAAAUUUUUUUAAAAGUUGCUUACCCUUUUUUUGUGAAGUUUUUCACAAAAGAACGAGAAAAAAAAACGAAAACAACAAAAGCAUAACGCGCGAUAACUUUGCAAGCGAUGUCGCGGCCUUCAAAAUCGCCGAUACCGAAAAUUUUCUUACAUUUUUUCUCCUACCAUCGUUAUAGCUGCAUUUAUUCAAAAAACUUCAGAUUCAUGAAUAUUGCGCUAGAGCAGACGGAAGAGUACAGCAACGGCACACUCCAAAACAAGUAUGGUGAUGCGUUCAUCCGUGGCAACAAUGUCUUGUACAUAUCCACCUUAAAGAGAUAACUUACGUUUACGGUUUUAAUUUAUUGAAUUACGUUGUUUCCAUUGUGCAUAAACCUGUUUUUUUCCAGUUUUAGUUCUUUUUGACAUCUCGUUCGAUAAAUCUACGCGUGAUAUAUGAAGUUUCAACGUGAGUUGAUUGCACGAAGAACGUUCUUGGUUUAGAUAAUGCAAAAUAUCUUUGAAUCUUCUCCAAACUUUAGUUAUCUAUAGUUUUCAUCCGAAAAAUUCUUUCUACUUGUUACAUACCGUCCGCCGCGGCUUGACAGUUUUCGAGUAUAUGCGUCUCUCUGUUCGCUCCACCGGCGAGAUCAGAGAAACAUGAAAACAGCCCUUCAAAAUGAGAGGGUCGUCGAGAGACGAGGAGAGCGCAGAGAAGUCCCGCAUUUUCAAGUAGCGAAAAACGGACUAGAACUCAUAGUUUCUAUAGAACUUCAAGUUGAAGAAAGUUUGAACUUUUUGGAGCGCAUGGAUGAGACAGUGCUAUACAGCGGUCGGUCAAUAUUACGCCGUCAGUUUGGAAGCCAGGAAAUUUUUGAACGCUCUUUUUUUUUUGCAAAUUGUUGAUAUUCUGUUUCUCGAAGUUACGAGAUAAUUUACGUCAAAAAAGUAUAGAAGCUUCCAUUUUAUUACCAAAAAACCUAUUUAAAAUACCAUAAUCAACUCCGUGUAUUUUCUUCACUCGCAGUGGUAGCUCUCUCAAUCGGCCGAGGCCACCGUAGAGUGUACACGGCGUCCGUGCCCGAGCCCCACCAUCACCGCCGUGCCCGUACAAGCGAAAAAGAGGGAUCUACUUGUGGAAGAACGAGGCGAAGGACCGUAAGACCAUUCUUUCAAUUCAAUCGACUACACGUUUUGACAUCUUUUUCGCCAAAGGCGGUGUUAGUACCGCUCAAAAGAGCAAUUUUUUCACCGCCUAGUCGAUUCCAUCUGACUAAAACAACCAAUAAAUAUGGAUUGAUGAUUGAUGAUAAUACGACCGGCCGCCUUCAACAGGCGUCAUUUUUGCGUAGAGGCCUCGGUAUGGCCGGGUUGGGCUCAGAAAAUGGACAAUAGGCUGAAGGGCAGGUCCUUGCACAAGCCUGACGGAAAUCACGCAUGUUCAUGACAGUAGUGCCAUGUUCUGAAUAUGCUAGGAAUUACUCCAAAUUUUGGAACUACCCGCGUAAAACACGAUCGUCUGCAGUUAGAGUACGAUGGCGCGUUGUUUCCAUAAAUUAGGUCUCACCGCGAAAGUUAGCGGCGAUUUCGAAAAAUUCUGUCGAACCUUUUUCAUUUUGCCGCGUUAGAAUGCCGUGUUCAAAGUAAUUUCCGCGAAAUGCAAAAUGAUCUCUGACUCUCCAAAAUUUAGUGAUCUUUUCCUUUCUCUAACGGGUAUUUUGCAUUUCGCGGAAAUUACUUUGAACACGGCAGAAGCUAAUCUGACGCGAGUUUUUUCAUGGCGUGUCCAUCUGCGAAACGGAACGUGCUUCAAACCGAAAAAUCGUGUUCAUCGGCGCGCCAAAGUUGCUCCAAAACUACUAGAUUUUGUAUUGGAGAAAUUUUCUUUUUGUCCGAUGAACACGCCAUCAAAAUUUUCAAUGUAGAUUUGACCAAGACAUACAUGUCGCGUUCAAAAUGAUUUUCAAAAAAAAAAAAUUUCGAACCCUCUUAUUUGAUAUCACGUGCUUAUUUCCCCCUUCCUGGUUAUGUCAAAAGAUAUAUAAAAAUAAGAAAGGUUCGCAGAAAACAGUGACCAAGCACGAGCGCCGCGAAGAUGAAGUUCUCAAAUUUGGGAAAGGCAUUUUGAACCAAAAAAAUCUUUUUCUCUUUUUUUGCUUGAAAAAUUUCUUUGAUGUGUAAAUUUUGAAAAAAACACGAUAUAAAUCAAGACGCUUUAUAAAGAAAUUUUUCAAGCAAAAAAAGAGAAAAAAGAUUUUUUUGGUUCAAAAAUGCCUUUCCCAAGCUUUAUAAAGCGUCUUGAUUUAUAUCGUGUUUGCUAAGAUAUUUUAAAAAUUUCUUUUCAAGGGAGGUACACUAUGAUACUCUUCAUUUGCUUUCAUUUUUAGAAAUCGCGUUUUAUCAAAAUUAUAAGUUUUUAUUUUUCGCUUUUCGUUCUUGCGAAUAGAGCAAGUAGUUUUGCGCCGUUUGAUAUCUCUCGUCCUAUUUUUGAACUCCGUUCUUGUCAUAAUAAGCAUUUUCCAGAAUCAAGUCGUAAUGGCGAUCAUUCAAAUACGACGAAGUAUACAGGUUUGUUAUUUUUUUAAUAAAACUUCAAAUAGUUAAGUGGUCUACAUUGCUGCUCGUGGAAUAGAUAACAAGUUAUAAAGUAUCCGAAUUCUUUUUUUUCCGCAAUUAGUUAACAACGGGUCAAUGCGUAACCUUGAAUUGAAGGGAUGGUGAUUUUUCUUUCUUCAGUUUUUAUUUCUUUGAACUUCUACGUAAAUCCCCGCGCUUGUAGUGAGGCCUCGGUAAGUCAUAAAAGCAUAUGUCAUGAAUACGAUGAUUCCUUGGAUCGGAUGAGAAGCAUGACAGUAAUUGCUGAUUCUGAAUCAUUCUAGUGGCGAAAAUGAUGAACGUUCACCAACCGCGUGAUUCUAACGAUUCGCAACGCGUCAACCGGCUCAUUUCGAGCUUCUCCAAAAAAGCGGUGUGUUUUAAAGCAGCUCUUAGCUAUUUUCUCGCAUAAUAGCAAAUCUUCUGGUUAGGAUCGCAAAAUGUUCCUGCUGAGCUAGUUUCACAAGUUUUUCUUUGUGCGUUGAAAGGUAUUUCGCGUCACUAACUCUAAUGAAGCUCUAAGUUCUGAAAAAAAUCUAGCGUCAAAUGUAUAAUGUCAAUAACUCUACAUGCGGUUGAAAAACCAAAACAGAACAUACGUUUGCAUUUCGCAAAGUGUCCCUGAGGUUCAUUAUUUAGAAAGACCGCGAGCUUCUCAUUUGCCCGCGAUGCAAAUCACCGAUGAAACCAGAUUUUGUCAGAGGCAAGAAGACAAAGGUGUGGUGGAUGUGUCGAAAUGUAGAGGUUCGUAUUUAAAAGUCAUGCAAUUCUUAAUCUUUUCUGUUUCAGAAAUGUGGUUUUCCGUUAGAUAUGCCCUCCACUGUUUUCUGUGUAGAACAAGUUCCACAGCAAGAAAAAGACGGCUUUAUUCCACUGCCGAACAUUGAAAAAUUACCUUCUAUUUUCAGGUUAUCUCGAAAAAAAUGUUAUUCUAUUUUUUUUCAUUUCCAGACACUUGUAUCCAUUGAAUUUUCCUCGGCAUUUUAAUAAUACCACGUUCGGGGAUCGUGCCAAUACAAAUGAUUCGGGAUUAUCUGGUUCGAACGAAAGAAGCAGCUCUGCUCUCUCAGGAGAUUCUGCGAAUUCUAGCAAAUCUAGCGUUGACGCCAAUUGUUUGAAAAAUCUUCAGUUGGAUUCGGAGGUUUUUUUUAGUCAUUUUUCUACUAAAUUCUGACACUCGGGUGUCUCAUUAUUUAUAUGAACGUGAGCGAAGAGUUUUAAAUAAAAACAGAAUCAUGAGGAAUUGUUUUUCAAAAAAUUGAAAGAAAUCAAGUCCACCAUUCUAUAAUCUAAUCAAAAAUUUUGAGAAAAAUUAAAAUGAAGAAUCUUCUGACAUCUUCUUUCUGCACACCAUCUCGUUAGCCUUAGAUUUGAUCAAUAACUUCCCAGUUACUGACACUUAAACUUGAAGCCAAACUUGAGUUUAAUCAACCUGAUCUUAAAAAUUUCUGUUAAAAUUGCUGUAGUUUUUCUAAUUUAGUAUAAUUUUAAAACUUCACAUUCAAAAGAAGUUUUAAUCAUUCAAAUUUCUUUCAGAGUGGAAAAGAAACCGCAGAUCGCUCGGCAGCUCGAGAAGAAAAUUCAGAAACUUCGGAUAGUUUUUCUGGAAACACCUCCUCGCGCGGAUGUGACUCCAUGCAGGCGGACGACGAUUUGGAUAGGGACAUCGAGCUGUCAGGCUAGUUUUUGCACAUUUUGCCUAGGGAUGCCUGAAAAAACUAGUUAAACGGAAGAACUAACAAGCACUUGAAAAAAAAAUGGUUUGCUUACAGAAAUGGACGAAUCGAAUCGACGCCCCACUCGAACCUUGAAGAGGAAGUCGUUGCCCCUUCUCGAUUGUCUGCGAAAAGUGAUGGGGAAAAUCACGAAGGAUAGGUCGGCAGCUAACACGAUGGCCGAUAUGGAUGUGAGAUUCGAAAUUUGAAAAUAAAUGUAUGAUUGCUUAUUCCAGGACGCUUCACUCAGAGAAGUCAUUGAGCGAGUUGUGGAUCAGCUUGACUUGUCGCGUCCUCCAGCUCGAUUUUCAGAUGCCGCGAGGUAAAUUAGAACUUAUUAUGGUUUAAAAGUGUAUUCCAGAAUGACAUCCUAUAUAAUGGACGACAUUGAUUUGGCUGUACAUGAAAGCGUGUUCGCAAUGGAUGUUUCUUCUGCCAAAAGAAACGUCAUCAAUGCGGUAAGAGUUUGGCGGAGUCUUGUGCGGGAACUUCCACAGGUUGUGUAGAUGAGUUUACAUGCUCAAUAUUUCCAGCGUUCCAGUUUUCCGUUCAUGAUAAAAUUUGAACUUUCUGAGUCAUUAACACAGUAAGUGACUAAAAAUUUUCCCACAUACGCUCUACCUAAGCAAGUACGAACAGAACCAGUUUGAAAAAAUAAAACCAAUUGAGAAACCUUGCUGAGACGCUCUCGAGAGCCUAAAAAUAAACUCGACUGUUUCUUUUAGUCGAAAUAUGCCGCUUUACCGGCCAAAACUCGAAGAAAAAAUUAAGAAGAUUUUCUCUGGCACAAGAUAAAAUUCCAGCAAAUUUUUAUGAAGAUCUCAAAAACAUCCCUAAUUAGUUUAAAACCCGACUGUUUUCAGAAGAAAUUGCGCGCUAUGCGAGAAUCAACCGGCGAUCAGUUUUUUCAAGCGAUGGGUCUGGAGCCUCCGCGUAUUAUUUCUUCCAGUUCUUUGCGGUCGCCUCAUCUCACAAAACAUCAAAUAUUGCGAGAACGGGUAACGAAAAUUCUGGUCAGUUAAGAAUCGAAAACUUACGAUCUUUUCGUUUUCUCUUUUAAAGGAAUCGAUGCGAUCAGAGGGAUUGAAGAAAAAGAUGAAGAUUGUGGCUCCCGUUGAUCCGCCACCAGUUCCUCAGGUUAUCAACGACGUUGCAACGUCUUUCGCCGCUCCUCAGCAAAAACCUUCAGUACUCGAUAGUGCGAGAGCCAGGGUUUUGUCAAGGGUAAAUUUUAUUUUAUUUUUUUUCACAAUGGUAAAUUUUAUUUUAUUUUUCACAAUGCUUCCCGCUGGUACUAGUUUUAAGUUUUCUAGCACCUAUUUUUUUUUAAUUUUUUGGCAUUUUGAAGCGAUUUCCCUAUAAAGGAUUCUAGGUGAGCGCUGCGAUGGAGUUAACAAAAGUUUAAGAAGCCUACAACUCUAAUUUUUUUUUGUGUUUUCAAUCACUUUGAACGUAACCCUGAGUAUAGCGCAUCUUGGAUUAAAAUAGAAAUAGUCUACUUUCUUUAAAUUUGACUGCAUAAUGGAGAGCGAUGAGGUUUUUAAGGGCAAUAUAAUGCAUUGCGGGUUUUUUAUUGAUUUUUUUCAAGUUGUAAAUGGGUUUUUUGUAAUGAGAUUUACGAACGUCAUCAUUUUCACGUGAUCGCUAGCGAAGGAAGAUAGGAUCAAACAGAACAUUUGAAGUUAUUUUUCUAUAACGUGAAUUUGAAGUUAUUUUGAUUUGAAGGUUACAUGACCAAGCUAUAUUUACUGUCCCCACCGCCGAAAUCUCGGUUAUCUAUUUCAAUGAGGAUGUUUUUGUAGAUACGAGUCCAAGAAGAACAGCCUUCCGCUGUGCGGCAAACGCAAUAUGAAACCGUCGUCAACUCUUCGAAUUUUGUGGAAGAGACCGAUCCGUCUAACGACUAUCAUCAUCAUCAUCAUCAAAGUUCGAGCCCAACAGACCAGUGGUCACUCAAUCUGGGCGGGCUUUACGACGAUUACGAACACCCUGGACCUCAACCUAACGUGGAAGUCGUUCCUCAACAAUUUAGCCCCCUACACAGUGAUCCUCAGCCAAUUUAUUCAGAAGAACCAACUGAUAGUCAUUAUUUGAAUUUCGAUACUUUCUCCGAUGAUACGAGUACACUAGAUAACGAUGAAUUCGUUCUCAAUAUGUUUGGCAUGUAGAACUUGUUUUUUAUCGUUUUUUUUUUUCAUUGUUGUAAGUACAAGUUAUAAAUUUUUCAAUUUUUUAUUGCUUGAGGCAGUUCUUCUGUGUUUAAUAUAAAUACUGGGUUCUUUCAACCUUGCAAACUACUUUUUAAAAAAAUCUUUCAUAAAUCUUGAUUGCUAUGCGUCUUUAGAAGGCUUUACGGUUUUGGAACUUUCUGAAAAAUGGAUAAUUUAAUAAUCCGCUUUUAAUAAUUUCUGAGCUGUUUUUUUAAAACCUAACGUUAGUUAAGAAGGUAAUUCAGGAAUACUUUUUGGGUAAAAAAGCUUUAAAAAAAAAAGGGAAAAAAUGGUUACUGGUCUAUCGGCUAAAGAUAACAAAUGACCAAAAAAGCGUUUUUAGCGCCCUACGACUUCCUUUCACUCAAAAGAAAAAUGGCAGACCUGCCCGCAUACAUCAGUUCAGAGAGCACGGUAAAUGCGGAGAGAUCAGAAUCAUACUCUCGAAAGUCUCCACGUUUUACGCAUUGUCUAAAAACCUGUCGUUUUCUGUUUCUGUUAUUGUCAUGCAUCUCGUUUGUCCAUAGACAGCGUGUAGCACGUGGAGAGUACGAGUUUGGUCACUCCAAGUUUACCAUUUUCUCUAAAAUGAAGUAUGCGCACUGGCUUGUCUGAGAUUUUUUAUUUAUUUUUUUUUUCCUCACUAUUUGUGCUGAUGCACUUUAUCACAAAGAUUCUCUGAUUUGCAGCCAGUUUUCAAAAAAAGAUAUAGCUAUUCACGGCUACCAUCAGUCGGAUCACGUCUGAAUUUCGAAAUUAAUCAAAAAGUCGGUUCCAGAUGGAUUACGAGGUGUCCCGUAAGAUCUGGGAAUCUCAGGUGGCCAUUGAGUUUUGUCUCGGGCCCAGCGACGAUACCGAAUCUGUUCCAUUGUACAUUAUGCUGCCGAGAUGUAGUUAUUUUUCACUGGCUCUUCCCAAAGUAAGCAUUUCAGGGUGUCAUUUUUAUUUUUUAUCUUUUUAACUAAUUAAAAAAUGAAUUUGAUAAUUUUCAUGUCUGUUCCUUUUUUUCUUAUCGCACUGCCCCAGUUUAUAAAAAGUUCUAUCCCACUAAAUACUAAACUUUCACUCGAAUAUUUUUUCAUAAUAUCGUGCAAAAGUGCUCGAAACAGCUUUAAAAAAUAAGCAGGAGCACUAUUAACUAAAGCCCGUUAUGGCGUGCUCAAAGCGGUUCCGCGUACUAAAACGCCCAAGAGGUCAGUCUCCCGCAAGCGGGACCGUGAAAUAUGUGAAAAAUUAUAUCAAUUCAUGACUAAUGAAUACUUAACGCUCUUUCAGGCUGUUUUUGUAUUAUAGCCCUUUCCGCGCCAGCUCGUCACGUUUUCUUUUCGCUAAGAAAGACUGCAUAUCAAAUUAGAUCAAAAUUGAGCAUUUUAGCUUCAAGACCUUUGUUUUUUUGCUGUCUUUUUAGCCGUUUUGUAGAGAAAAGGUUGUAUUCGCGGCAACUUUUUCUUUUCUGGUGUUUUGAAACGUUACCGUCUCGCGCUGAACACACUAUAUUCUCUUUGAAUUCGGGAAAUCAGAAAAACGCGCGAGAAAUUUGAAACACUUGAAAAAAAAGGUCCGAAAUUUUGCAGGUAAUCAAUUUUUUCAACUCUCGCGAAAGCAAUGAAAAAUUCGAGACGGAAAAUAUUUGGUUGGAAUCCAACGGAAGUCCCCUUAAGCUGUAUGUACCGAUCGGUGCUCUUUAUGAUCUGUACACUGGACCAAACGAUGUCACCUGGACCGUCUAUAUAAGGUAUCCUGGGUCAUUUGUUAAUAUUUACAGUCUGAAAUGUUUGAACUUUCGAAUGAAUACUUGAAUAAAACAGUGACGCAUUCCAUCUGAUUUAAUAUUUGUUAGGACAAGCCGCCAGCCUGAUGACUACGUUCACAUUGACAAGGAUGCGAUGGAGUCGAUAUUCAUGCAGUCUCUCAAAGAAGCCGCUUAUUUGAAACGAAAAACAGAGGUUUAUUAUAAUAAAAAUCAAAACGUGCAGAAAAAUUGAUAAUAUUUGGAAGCACCCAAGUAUUCGUUUGAUUUUGAGACUUACAUAUCCUACUCAUUUCAAUUCAACUUGGAAGAAAAUGUUUCAUAUUCAGGUUGUGAACGCAAUGAAGAGUGAGGAGCACAAACAGUUGUGGAGCUCCGUUGCACUUGGUUCGUCAAUGUCAAAAUUUUUCAUUAAAAAAAAUUCCUUUUUAGGUAGAUUUGACGACUUUUGGAACAUUAAUAAGAAGUUGAUGGACACGACUGACCGAAACUUUGAAAGUGUACCUUUGAGACUCUACGAAAGAGAUAAACCGUUUCGGCAGGUUGGUUUCAAUUUUUUUUAAUUCGUUAUUUUCCCAUUUAAUUUACAUCUUUCAUCAUUCAAUAAUCUUUCGUUCGCCGCUAUUUCACGUGAAUUAAUUUUUAAAAAGUCCGAACAUUUUCGUUUUGCACGAUGCUCCGCUGAUCACGGUACAGCCAAUUCACGGCUGUUUUAAAGCAAAAGGAAAAAGAAGCGUGUGAUUGGUAGGAACUACCCAAGCAACGCCACUUUUCGAAGCCGUGAAUGGGCUAUAAACAUUUUCUCGUUAGUGAAUAAAAUAUGUCAACUGAUUGUUUUUCUCACUGUAUACUUCUUUGUUUCCUUUUUUAAAAUGUUCCUUUGCAGGUGAAACUCAGCUGCACAGACGUCAACGGUCGGUACCAAACCUUCCGAGAAGCUCUGCAGACCGUUCUUCCCAACGCCGAUUUUGAGACGUUGAACUUUGUCUCGCACGGGAUCCAAGUGCCGCUGCAAACUCCGCUCAUUUACAUUGCCAAGAAUCUCGCCCAUGCCGACAACUUCGUUCAUGUCGUCGUCUCGUCAGCAUCAUAAAGCUUUGUUCGUUGCUUGUUGUCUCAUCAGUAAACAGGCCGCCGAAAAAUCCCUUCCUUUCAGAAAGGAAUAAUUUCAAGCGAUGCAAUUCAUGAUUGAAAUUAAAAUAUAUUUGAAUUAUGAAAAAGUGGCAUUGAAGUUUUCUAAAUUUGCUUCUCGGCCGUGUUUAUUUGAGAAAGAGAGUAAAUCUUCAAAAUACAAAGUUCUUUCAAUUUUCAAAAAAAGUUGCCUCUAUUUAUAUUUGGAAAAAAAACCCCGCUUUGAAAAGAAAAGGUUUCUCUUAAAGUUCGCAAACAGAAUCAGACCUUAUUUACUUCCUACUAAUAUUGGACGUCUUCAGCACGUCUCUCAGCAUUUACUACUUUGACGUGUUCCGCAACUAUACAGAGGGUCCUCGCAUGGAAUUCAGUACGUUUUUGACGUGA